GACUGUUACUUACCAACGCGGAGCGACACGCAGCGGCCGACGCCGCGGGAGCCGCUACCGGAACUCCCUGCCGAACUCCAGAUCCCAGCAUGCAGAACUCCGAGGGAGGAGCAGAUUCGCCAGCGUCAGUGGCUCUGCGUCCUGCAGCCCAGCCCAUGCCAGCCUCCCCACAGAGAGUGCUGGUCCAAGCCGCAGGCUCCACUCCCAAGGGUACCCCGAUGCAGACACUCACCCUCCCCAGAGUCCAGCCGGUGCCACCACAGGUGCAGCACGUGUACCCCGCGCAGGUGCAGUACGUGGAGGGUGGGGACGCUGUCUACGCCAACGGAGCCAUCCGAGCUGCCUACGCUUACAACCCAGACCCUCAGCUUUACGCCCCCAGCAGCGCAGCAUCUUACUUUGAGACUCCAGGUGGCGCUCAGGUGACAGUGGCAGCCUCAUCCCCACCUGCAGUCCCUUCCCACAGCAUGGUGGGCAUCACCAUGGACGUCUCGGGGACCCCCAUUGUGUCUGGCGCAGGAGCCUACCUCAUCCAUGGGGGCAUGGACGGCACAAGACACUCCCUGGCCCACACUGCACGAUCCUCACCUGCCACGCUCCAGUGGCUUCUGGACAAUUACGAGACAGCGGAGGGUGUGAGCCUGCCCCGCAGCUCCCUGUACAACCACUACCUGCGCCACUGCCAGGAGCACAAGCUGGAGCCAGUCAAUGCCGCAUCCUUUGGCAAGCUCAUCCGCUCUGUGUUCAUGGGCCUGCGCACACGACGCCUGGGGACCAGGGGCAACUCAAAGUACCAUUACUAUGGGAUCCGCCUGAAGCCAGACUCCCCACUGAACCGACUGCAGGAAGACACACAGUACAUGGCCAUGAGGCAGCAGCCCACACACCAGAAGCCUAGGUAUCGGCCAGCCCAGAAGUCAGACAGCCUCGGGGACGGCAGCACUCACAGCAACAUGCACGGCAUGCCCGAGCAGGCCAUGGCCACCCAGGGUCAGCAUCACCAGCAGUACAUAGAUGUGUCCCACGUCUUCCCAGAGUUCCCGACACCUGACCUAGGCAGCACACUACUGCAGGAGAGUAUCACCCUUCAUGAUGUGAAGGCCCUGCAGCUGGUGUAUCGCAGGCACUGUGAGGCUACCUUAGAUGUCGUCAUGAACCUCCAGUUUCAGUACAUUGAGAAGCUGUGGUUGUCCUUCUGGAACUGCAAGGCCACCUCCAGCGAUAGCUGUACCUCGCUGCCUGCCAGCGAUGAGGACCCAGAAGUCACCCUCCUCCCUAAGGAUAAGCUCAUCUCUCUGUGUAAAUGUGAGCCUAUCCUACAGUGGAUGCGAAACUGCGAUCACAUCCUGUACCAGACGCUGGUGGAGACCCUUAUCCCAGAUGUGCUGCGGCCUGUCCCCAGUUCCCUCACCCAGGCCAUCAGGAACUUCGCCAAGAGCCUAGAGGGCUGGCUCAUCAAUGCCAUGAGUGGCUUCCCUCAGCAGGUCAUCCAGACCAAGGUGGGUGUUGUAAGUGCCUUCGCACAGACGCUGCGGCGCUACACGUCCCUCAACCACCUGGCGCAGGCGGCUCGCGCUGUGUUGCAGAACACGUCACAGAUUAACCAGAUGCUGAGUGACCUCAACCGCGUGGACUUUGCCAAUGUGCAGGAGCAGGCCUCGUGGGUGUGCCAGUGUGAGGAGAGCCUGGUGCAGCGUUUGGAGCAUGACUUCAAGGUCACCCUGCAGCAGCAGAGCUCGCUGGAUCAGUGGGCCAGCUGGCUGGACAACGUGGUCACCCAGGUCCUAAAGCAGCACUCGGGCAGCCCCAGCUUCCCCAAGGCUGCACGCCAGUUCCUGCUCAAGUGGUCCUUCUACAGCUCCAUGGUGAUCCGUGACCUGACCCUACGCAGUGCUGCCAGCUUCGGCUCCUUCCACCUUAUCCGGCUGCUGUAUGAUGAGUACAUGUUCUACCUGGUGGAGCACCGUGUGGCCCAGGCCACCGGGGAGACGCCCAUUGCCGUCAUGGGCGAGUUCAACGAUCUGACCUCCCUGUCGCUGACCCUGCUAGACAAAGAGGACAUUGGGGAUGGACACAGCAGUGAGGCAGAUGUGGAUGGCCACAGCCUGGGUGAGCCCCUCGUGAAGCGGGAACGGAGUGACCCCAGCCACCCACUGCAGGGCAUCUAGCCCCUUCCCUGGGCGUCUUCCACGUGCUUCCGGAAGGCGUCACCUGGCCCUCUAGGGACCUGGACUUUCAGCUGUAUCACACUAGUGCCUCUUCAAUGAUGCCAUGUUUACUGUGACCCAAGGUGGCAUGGGGUCCCCACCCACAGGGUGCCAGAGACUGUGGGCAACUGAGAUGGUCACUUAAGCUGCCAUACUCUGCUCAAGUGGCCCUGACCCUGGGCUGUCCCUCAGAGGAUAUAGCAGCCUGCUGUGUGUAUGUGAGUCAUGAGGCAUAUCCCCAGAAAUGUCCCAGCCACCUUGGUGGCUUUCCCACUCAGCUGCUCCCAACUUACCACCAUGUCAAAGAAAACCCACUCCAGCAGAGCCCGGAGGGGUGGAGCCUACUCUCCGGCCACUGUGUGGAGGCUCUGUGUGUCCCCUGCGCUGUGGUCUCCAUGCAUCUAGUGGCCUCUCAUGGACAGCCAAGACCUCCAGGCACACACCCUGGAUCAUACAUGCUAACGGCAUCUCAUCUCAUCCUGGACAGGUCCAAGCCCCCAAAGAUGAACAGGCUCCAGGCAGGGCCAGUCAGGCCCAUCUGCUUGACUACAGACUUUCUGUCCAAUUCAUGGUUGAUACCACGAUAACCUGGGGGGCCUGUGUUGGGUUUCCCCAAGUAGCCACAGGGGUCAGCACCAUAGCCACGCCUCCCAACAGAACUCCAAAACCUGUGCUCAGGGCAGUGCCUGAGCCCCUGCAGUCUUCCAGACACCUCCCCCAAACUAGCCAUGCUUGCUGGUGGCCAGUGGCCAGCCCCAGACCAUGAGAUCUCUGCGGACAAAUGAACACCAAUGCCUACUGGGCCCUGAGUUCCAGAGGCCCCAACACAUCACACCUUGCUGCUGUCCUGUCGCCAUGUUGAGAAUUCUUUCCCAACACAAGCCCUGCCCUCUCACACCUAGGAAGCGCCUAAUGAAAUAUGAUAGUUUUUUUUUUUCUUGAAAAGCUGUUCCCCCCAAUAGUUGUGUGCUGUAAUCGUUCUUAGAAGGUUCUUGUGAAUGUGUCCAUCACAACAUACCUGGCGUCCGUGUUUGUUCAUUCAGGCGGCACUAGUCACCAACACAGAGCCUUAGAACAGCUUUAAAGGAUGGUGUCCUUCAGGACACUG